AGGGGGCGCGCUCGCCCUCCGCCUCUAUCCCGUCAUGCUCCGCGCGGGGGGCCGCUUAUGGCGGCGCCCGUGGGCCGCGGCCUACCGGGCCGCGGCGGGGCCUGGGCCUGGAUUCGGUGCCGGUACCGGCGGUGAUGGAGGACGGGAGGAGCCGGAACCGGAGCUGCCCCUGCCGGAGGAGCCGCAGCUGCUCCGGGCAUCCAGCCCCGAGGUGCGGCAGCGGCUCCGGGGCCUGGCCGUGGUUUGCGGCCGGUUCGUGAGCGCUGAGGAGGAGGAGGAGCUGCUGAGGGAGCUGGAACCGGAGCUGAGCAGGGGACGGUACCAGAGGGAGCACUGGGACAAGGCCAUCUGCGGCUAUCGCGAGACCGAGCGCGCACUCCGGGGGGGGGCGGGGCGGGCGCUGCUCCUGCGCGUGGCCGACGCCGCCUUCCCCCCCCCCGCGCGGCCCCCGCAACCCCUCGUGCACGUGCUCGACCUCCAGCCGCGCGGUCACGUGCGCCCCCACGUGGACAGCGUCAAGUUCUGUGGCUGCACCAUCGCGGGGGUGUCCCUGCUGUCCCCCAGUGUCCUGCGCCUCGUGUGCUGCCGGCAGCCCCAGGACCGCAUGGACCUGCUCCUGGAGCCCGGAUCGCUCUAUGUGCUGCGUGGGGCUGCCCGCUAUGAGUUCACCCAUGAGAUCCUGCCCGAUGCUGAGUCCUGGUUUGGGGAGCGCCGGGUACCAAGGGGCCGCAGGAUCUCCAUCAUCUACCGCAACAGCCCCCCCGACACAGCUCCGUCUCCUCUCAGCGACCUCCCUGCCUUUAUUCCGGAUGGAGCCCCCCAAACCCCCCCCCGCACCCCACAAUAAAC